GGCCAAGAGACAGACACUAUCAAAUUAGAAGAAAGGAAUGUCUUCUGCAGUGGCUACAAUGUUCGUAUUCUAAUAAACAGGUAUGUGUCUAAGACAGAAUAUAUUUACCCCCAUCCAAUUCUAAUUCAUCUUGUCAUGGACCCAGGUUCUGGAUGAAUAGAAGAGAAAACAGAACAGAGGAGGUCUAUUAGGUGACUUGCCAAGGACUAAACAUUCUAAUUAGCGACAUCUGGCUGCUGCCUAUAUAAGAGACUUGCUUUGCCUCUAUUCUCCUUGCUGGAAACAACAUCUGACUCCUGUAUGACUCCCAUGUAGGAAUUCUACUCUUGGACCUUACACUAUACACCAAGGUGAAUGGAAUGCUGUUACCUUCCCACCGAAGUGGUACCUAUUUAUCUACUCGCAUUUGGAUGCUUUUGAAAUGCUAGGUUUGCAGGUGUUGGGGCAAGUAAUGGGAGCUUGCCCUGUUGCCUAGCGCGCAGGUCUUGAACCCGGGCUGUCAGCUUUCCAGCUGACAAGCUCAGCAUUGAAUCAUUGAGCCAUCAUGUCCCUUGAAAAUUGAAACUUUGAAAUUUGAACUAACUUGCCCACUCCUCUUUGAAAACAAAAUUGCUUUGCUUGAUAUUCCUUGCUACGUUGUUAACUCUGUUGCCUGAAAGUAAAACUGAUAAACGUCCAAGAAAUGUGUAUGUGACUGAAACCUGAAUCAGGAUACAUCUCACCAACUCACCCGUAAGAAUUUUUCAAAAAUAUAACUUCACAACACAUGGAAGAACUAUCCUUCCAAGCUUGUGGAAGCAUCUAUGUCUGGAAACAUCUGGAUUCCAACCGAGUGAUUCAUAGCACUGCUGGGAGGUUAUUGGCCUUUGGUUCUUUAGAUCGAAAAGUCCGCUUUCUAGAUAUAGAGAAGAUUAAAAACGUCCCGCCUGUCUUCUGUGGGCAUGCUGGUAGUGUCAGAUCCUUGUAUCUCCAUGAAGACAGAGGAUUCCUCCUAAGUGGCAGCUAUGAUCUCAGUAUCAGGUUGUGGAACAUCAGAAAAGGAACCUGUGUGAAGCUUUUUCUGGGUCAUAAAGGGAAUAUUACUUGCUUGGAUGUGUGCAAGGGCAGAUUUGUGUCUGGAUCCAAAGACUGCACAGCAAAAUUGUGGGACAUGAAAACUGGGCGAUGUAUUAAAACUUUCACACACAAAGCUUAUGUUUGGGCUGCUAAAAUGAAUGAGGUUCAUAUUGUGACUUCCUGUGACAAGGGCCUCGUGAAAGUUUGGCAUGCUGAGUCAUAUGUACUAAUCAAGGUUUUAGAAGGUCACCGAGGCGCUAUAAAAUGUUUGUCAUUUGAUGAAUGGCAUCUUCUGACAGGAAGCAGUGAUGGAUAUAUUUUGGCAUGGAGCAUGGUGGGGAAACACAAGCGAUGUCUAAUGGGUUUCAGACAUCCCAAGGAGGUUCUAUCUCUGGCCUUCCUUUAUCUCAGAGUCAUAAGUGGCUGUGCUGAUGGGAAGAUACGCAUAUUUAAUUUCUUCUCUGGAAUCUGUCUGAGGGUUAUGAGAGCAAACAGCAGAGGUGACCCAGUGGUAUCCAUCUGUAUUUUAGAAAACAGAUUAUUGAUCAACGCAGAAGGAAGUGUGGUCUUGUUCCAGUUUGAAGAAGUAGACUGGGAUCAUAAUCAGCUUUCUGAUAGAAUACCUAACCAAGCACUCAUAGACAAAUUUCAUGACAUUUCAGCCCCAAUAAAGCCGCCUCCAUAUUCAAAAUCUGUGCGGGAGAAAAGAGCCAGAAAGAAAAAUUGGAAGCUAUACAGAGAAGUUGACGAGACAGUGCUUUCCUAUUAUAUUUCCCAGCAUGCCACACGAUUAUCCAAAGAUGUCCCAGCCCUCGUUUAUGAAAUCGUGAAGACUCCUUUACCCCGGAAGAGGGAGGGUAAGACAGCCAAAGUCCUGGACCCAUACCAAAGGCAAAGACUCUCUGUACUUGCCCAAACCUUAAAGGAACGGCAGUCUUCAACAAUAAUGAAAGUUAUUUCUGAUGAGGAAAUAGUAUCAGAAGCUCCACCCACUUCCUUAUUUGACCAGAAUACUAAGGCUUUGUUAAAUCACCUAAAGAAGAGACAUCCUAUUGGUCCCAUAUCUAAUGAUCAGGUACUCCUCACUGUCAGUACAGUACACCAUGCCUACCAACAUGAUAAUGUCAGUGCCAAUAUGGCAUACAACAUGAACAUUAAAGAUGCUUGGGAACCUGUUCAGCCCAAGAAAAUACAGCCCAAACCAACUCUAUCUUCUCAAAGUUCAAAGUACAAGGCAAUAGAUCUAACAAACCAAGUGAAACAACUAAAGGCUGUUGGUGUCACUUUAGGUAUGGAAAAGAUUUCCUCACCUUAUGAAACCAAACUACUACAGCUCAACACAAAAAAUUCUUUGCUUGGGAGUUCUGUAAAAUCCUUCAUUCCUCCCCCCUCUGUCACACGUUCCAAGUCUUGCAGCAGCUUGUCAAGAAGAAAAGGUUAUUUUAAGAUCUCAUCUUCAGCUGCUACUGAGAGUAAUAUCAUUGGUGGCUUUACAAGUUCAGCUGAGUCCAUCAAAAUACCACGAAUGAAGAUUGCCCAACCUGAUACCAAUGUAACUUCACGGCACAGAAAAAUUUUCCAUGCCCUUAGUGCAAAUCCUUAUCGUUACAAUUCUGGGUUCCAACUUCUGACUACACAACAAAUGAAAGAAUAUGAAGAAGCUAAGAUUGCAGAGUAUCAGGCAACCAAGACAAAAGUUAUUGCAAAUAGAGAAAAGGUGUGUAAAAAUGCUUGGGUGAGGAAAAUUAAAGGUCUUCCUAUAGAUGACUUCACUAAGGAGGGCAGAACUGCUGCUCCUGAACUUGGAGAUAACGUUUUCAUUUGAGGCUAACUUUUUUAAUACAGCUGUCAAACCCUGAAAAACAAAUGCAAAAUUCCAGCCCAGGUAUUGUGAAACUUUGUCCUAUUUCCUUCUUUUGGGAGACUGUGACAAACUGUACUAUAUCAAACAAUUAGACCUUUGUUUUCAAAAAUUGGGACUCUUUGAGUUUCCCUCCCUUUCCCAGUUUGGAAUAUUUGUAUUUUAUUAAAGUUCCUGUUCAUGAAGGUUUAUUAACAGGAUUGAUAAUACCUUUUAUAAAUUUUGCUUCAUAAAUUAUAUGUUGUGCAUUCCUGAGGUGUCUUACUUAGUUGAUAUCUUAGUGUAACAGU